AUGGCACGUCAAAAUAAGCUUAACGCUCGUUGGGCUAAACUUCGCGAUAUGGUCGACCAGAAGAAAGCUGAGCUCGAUCGUGCUCAUCGUCUUGAAACUUUCAGAAUCGACUGCCAAGAAACAGUUACAUGGAUCGAGGAUAAAACUCGUGUACUCGAAGAUUCUGACGCUCUCACCAAUGAUCUCAGUGGUGUCAUGAAACUCCAACGAAGGCUUUCAAUGAUGGAGCGAGAUCUCGGUGCCAUACAGGCGAAACUAGAUGCUCUUCAUAAGGAAGCAGAUUCCAUAGAAAGGGAGCGUCCUUCUGAGGCUCAGGCCAUCCGCGAGGAUAUCAAACGUAUCCACCAUGUGUGGGAUAUUCUCAAUAAGAAAGUUCGCGAGCAUGAGGCGAAACUUGACGAAGCUGGUGACCUGCAACGAUUCCUUCGUGAUUUGGAUCACUUCCAAGCGUGGCUUACUGCAACACAACGACAAGUUGCUUCUGAAGAUGAGCCACAGUCGUUAGCGGAAGCAGAACAACUACUGAACCAGCAUGCUGCCAUCAGAGAAGAAAUCGAUGGAUACGCAGAGGAUUACAAGAAGAUGCGUGCUAUGGGAGAUCGCGUCACCCAAGACCAGACCGAUCCACAGUACAUGUUCCUCCGUCAGCGACUUGUUGGUUUGCAAGAAGGUUGGGAGGAGCUCCAGCGCAUGUGGGAUAAUCGACAACAUCUACUUAGUCAAGGACUCAAUCUACAGAUGUUCUUGCGCGAUGCGAAACAAGCAGAAGUUAUGCUGUCCCAGCAAGAGAAUUACCUCACCAAGGACGAGGCUCCAACCAGCUUGGAGCAGGCCGAGAACAUGCUCAAGAGACAUCAGGAUUUCAUGACAACCAUGGACGCCAACGACGAGAAGAUCCGUGCUGUUGGAAUGUUCGGAGAUCAGCUGUGCCAAGAUGGACAUUAUGCUGCUGAUAAGAUCCACAAGAAGGCUCGUAACAUUGAUGAACGUCGUGAGGCGAAUCGCGAACGAGCACAAGCAUUGCUUGCAAAACUCAAGGAUGCUCUGGCAUUACAACAGUUCCUUUCGGAUUGUGAAGAGCUGCGGGAAUGGAUUGAAGAGAAAAUGAUUCGAGCUCAAGAUGAGACCUACAGAGAUGCGAAAACGAUCACGUCGAAGUUCGUGCGCCACCAAGCUUUCCAAAGCGAAUUACAGGCGAACAAAGAACGUCUUGACCAGUUGCAACAUGCAGCUAUUGACUUGGGCGCUGAGAAGCCCGAAUUCACAGGCACCAUAGACCCGCAAAUAGUUGAACUUGCUCAUCAAUGGGAGCAGCUAGAGAAGACCACCGAAGAGAAGGGACAGAAACUGUUUGACGCCAACCGACAGCAGCUGUAUGUGCAGAGCAUUGCUGACAUGAAGGAAUGGGCCAGCCAGUUGGAGAAGGAGAUGGUGCGAGAAGACCAGCCCGCUGACCUCACCACUGUGAAUGUCGCGAUGCAGAAGCAACAGAUGAUCGAGACGGAAAUGAUUAAGAAGGCACAGCACAUUGACCAACUGAUGGAAAUGGAACCGCAGUUGGAGGAGAUGCAUCCAGAUGAGCUAGAGGACAUUCGCGCUCACAGAUUAGCUGUGCAGGAACAACUACAGAGGUUACAAGCACCCCUUGGCGAUCGCCGGCGUCAGUUGGAGCGCAAAAAGGCAGCCUUCCAGUUCGGACGAGACGUCGACGACGAGAAGUUGUGGAUUGCAGAACGCCUCCACUUGGCUCAUGCUAAACAGCUUGGAGAGAAUCUACCAGAUUGCCAGAGACUGCAGAAAAAUGCACAGCUGUUGACAAAUGAAGUCGAAAAUCAUGAACCCUGGAUUGAACGAAUCUGCAGUAACGGACGUGAACUUAUUGACGCAGGACAUGAAAACUCGGCCGCUUUCGAGCAACGCAUCGCUGAAUUGCGUGACGCAUGGCAAGAACUAAAGGACGCAAUCAAGGACAGAAAAGACAGAUUGGCGGAAAGUGAGAAAGCCCACCAGUUCCUCUACGAUUGUGGAGAGGCCGAAGCUUGGAUGAGCGAACAAGAACUUUACAUGAUGCAGGACGAACGUGGGAAAGACGAGUUCUCUACACGGAAUCAAAUCAAAAAACAUGAACGUCUCCAAUCUGAUAUUGACAAGUUUGCUGACACCAUUCGACAGCUGGCUGCUAAGGCGCAAAAGUUUGUGGAUGAACGAAGUCCGCUCAGUGACCAGAUCGCCUUGCGACAAUCGCAGAUCGAAAAGCUGUACGCUGGUCUUCAAGACUUGUCUAAAGAACGUCGAAAGAGACUUGACGAGACACUAGAACUCUAUGCACUCCAUCGUGAGAUUGAUGAUCUGCUACAGUGGAUUGCCGACAAAGAGGUGGUCGCUGGAAGUCAAGAGAACGGUCAGGACUACGAGCACGUGCAAAUGCUGCAAGAGCGAUUCCAGCAGUUUGCACGCGACACCGAAAACAUCGGAUCGGAGCGAGUGGCUCGAGCCAAUGAUGGGUGUGAUGCGUUGAUUUCUGUUGGUCAUACGGAUGCGCCAACGAUUGCUCUAUGGAAGGAUAGCCUCAAUGAGGCGUGGGAAAAUCUUCUUGAGCUGAUCGACACUCGUGCCCAAAUGCUGGAGUCAAGUCGACUGCUACAUAAGUUCUUCCAUGAUUGCCGUGAUUGUCUUUCACGAAUUCUUGAGAAGACUCAUGCAAUGCCUGAAGAUUUGGGACGAGAUUCCAGCAGUGUCGGUGCCUUGUCUAGGAAACAUCAGAACUUCUUGAAGGACAUCGAUGCAAUUGGAGAACAGCCUUUCCGUUUCCUAGUUACCAGAAAGUUUCUGAAUCUGAAAACUGUUAAGGUGGCUCAAAUUGAACGUGAUGCCAGCGAGCUUCGUGAUGGCUAUGCUGGCGAGCGAGCCCUGGAAAUGUCUGCACGUGAAUCGGAAGUUGUGAAAGCCUGGAGACAUCUCCGAGGAUUGUGCGACGCUCGUACAUCUCGCCUCACGGAUACAUCCGACCUGUUCCGCUUCAUGAAUAUGGUCCGUGACCUUCUAUUGUGGAUGGAUGAAGUCAAACGAGAGAUGACAAGCCAAGAACGACCAAAGGAUGUUAGCGGUGUUGAGUUGUUGAUGAACAAUCACCAAAGUUUGAAGGCGGAAAUUGAUGCUCGAGAAGACAAUUUCAACGCCUGUAUUUCACUUGGAAGGGAUUUGUUGAAUCGGAAACAUUACGCAUCCAGUGAGAUUGAGAAGAAAUUGAUAAAGUUGACGACAGAACGAGCAGAGAUGAUGCGACGAUGGGAGGAUCGUUGGGAGUAUCUGCAGCUUAUUCUCGAAGUUUACCAAUUCGCCCGAGAUGCCGCAGUUGCGGAAUCUUGGCUUAUGGCACAAGAACCGUAUCUCAUAUCACGCGAAUAUGGACGAAGUUUGGAGGAGACGAUAGCCCUGAUAAAACGACACGAAGCCUUCGAGAAAUCGGCGGCUGCGCAAGAAGAACGAUUCCUUGCUUUAGAAAAACUCACUACGUUCGAAUUGAAAGAAAUGCAACGGCAGGAAGAGGAGGCAGCAAGAAGGCGUGGCCAUCUCGGAAGUCCGUCACGAUCACAACCUCACGAGUCAUUCGGCGCAGAUCCUGACGACUUCAAUAUGACGUUGAGCAGUGUCGACAGCGGUGGAGCGCCGAGAAGUAGCACAUUGGAACGCAGUCGGCUGUCCACUGGUGAAAGUAGUGGUUGGCGAAUGUCACUCGCUCGUGCUCCUAAGUUCGAUUCGAGGGAUCCGCGUGGUGCAAAGACAGGUGAUGCGUUUGAAGGAACACUCAUUCGAAAACACACCUAUGAAUCCCUGGAUAGGAAAGCCUCGAACCGAUCGUGGGAGAAACUGUUGGCAGUUUUGCGAAAUAAUGAACUUUCAUUCUACAAGGAUGCAAAGCACAAGUGA